UUCACCAUCAAGUUCAUAACUGCUGUUACUAUUGGCAUCUCACUCUUGCUCUUGGCUGGGUUGAUCUUCACAGGUACUGUCAUAGGGUUGAUAGUUGCAACUCCUCUUCUUGUGAUCUUCAGCCCCAUCCUUGUCCCAGCAGCUUUUGUGUUGUUUCUAGUUACUUCCGGAUUUUUGUUCUCUGGCAGCUAUGGUGUGGCUGCCAUUGUUGUUUUGUCUUGGAUUUACAACUACGUAUCUGGGAACCAGCCUGCAGGUUUUGACACCCUUGACUAUGCAAAAGGGUAUCUUACUGAUAUGGCUAGGGAUGUGAAGGAGAGGGCAAAAGAUUAUGGAAGCUAUGCUCAUGGUAAAAUUCAGGAGGCUACACAGGAAGCUUAUUAAUCAUGCAUGCCUAUGCAAGUUUGUAUGAGGCUGAACUGAAUGAAGGGAAGGGGUGCCCUUGUGGAUGUGCAAUGCUUAUGUAUUAUAAGGCUUAAUUGAAGGGAGUUAUCGUCCCCUUGUGAAUGUGCAUGUUCAAGUUCUACUAUUAAUUUGAAUUUUGUUUGCAGCGUUCAA